AUGCGCACUAUUGACCAACAGCAGCCCGCGAAGACAAGCGCCACAAGGCGGAGGCGGGAAUCGAACCUCCAACCCUGGAGGUGUGAGAGACAGAAAACAAGGAAUCCAAUAUCCAACUGGCCAAAAGAGUCUCCAGGGACGUGGUUCAGUGAAUUCAAGCGCGGUAAAAUCCUCUCGUAUGUGGAUGUAGAGGAGAGUUCCAUCAGCGGUGUUCAGAUGACGUUCCUCAAGUUGCUGAGUUCUGCAGCAAGACAGAACUUCACCUACAUCUGCCACCAGUCAGUCACCUGGUUCGAUGCUAAAGCCAACGAUUACAACAAAGCGCUGCGCUUCCUCGGCUCCAACGAUGAAGAAAUGUCUCACGACAACAAUCCCUUCAUCAAGGCUGUGUACGACGCCUGCUUGCAAAAGCAGGGCUACGCUAGAACCGUGCUGGAGAUUAACACACCACGCAUCGACCAGGUUCCCAUCAUCGACGUCAUGCUGAACGAUUUCGGGGAUCCAAACCAGAGAUUCGGCUUUGAGGUCGGUCCUGUCUGCUUCCUCGGGUGAAAGCCCUCCUUCAGCCGGGCGUGCUGGGACGCUGCGAGACGUGUGGACAGCUGCCACACACACACACACACACACACUUCUGCUGGCCAAUAAAGACUGUUAUCAUCAUGGGAAUGUUCUUCGCCCUUGUGGGGUCGAAAAAUGUGGAGACUGAGACCAGCUAUCUGAGGACCAACAUGAAGAGAAGACAUGAACUGGUGAAUAACUGUGCACUUUCAGACUAAAAAAGAAAUGGAUUCCUCUGUUUUCCACCAAAUCCCUGUUUUUAAUCCCACUACAAAAGUAAUCCUGAUAUUUUAAUUUUAAUCCCACUGUUGAACUUUCAUAAUAUCAUAAUUCUUGUUUUAAUCUCGCUCCCUAAUGUUAAUACCAAUAUUUUAUUUCACUUCCAGUGAUGGAAUCUAAUCCCAAUCUCAGUCCUAAUUUUAAUCCCACUUCUCUUUCUUCCCAUUCGUUCCUUUAUACAUUCACUCUUGUUAUAUUAAACAAUUCAAUCCUACGGUGCUAUAGAAAGUGCAUUUUAUAAAAUGAUAACUGUAAUUAUUAUUUUGUACAUUAAUGUCUUUUGAAGCUUCUUUCCUGCAGAAUCUUGCAUGUCUUUAAUUUGGUGACUUUACAGAUAUUUCCUCGGUCUAAAUAUCUUUUAUUUUUAUUUUAAACAGCUGUUCUGUUAAAGCGUGAUUAAACUCAGCAUGAAGAAGCAGUCACACUGUAAAUACUGACCACUUUUAGACGAAGAGGAGAUUUAUACGUAUUACAAUGAUGCUGAAGGAGAAAUUUUAAGAGUUACAAUCUGUAUAAAAGCAGAUUUUUCUUCCAUUUCCCACUAAUGUGUUGAUGUCAGUGGUGUAGUGUUAAUGCUGUGGUAAUCAGACGUCUGAUAACGAGAGCGUUUAUAUCAGACUCAAAAUAUUUUUAUACCUCAACUCUAAAUGGAAGAGAAACAUAAACAGCUCUUUAAUUACACAUUUUACAUUUCUUUACAUUUCUUUCACCCAGUUUGUGUUUAAAGUUUAAAAAGUUUCUGCGCUUCGUAUUUAAGCUUCUGUUCCUAGACCUGGUUUUGUUUUAUUUGCUUUUCUGUCUUGGUCUGAAUAUUGUUUGCAGAUCUGUUCAUGUCUUCGGUUCCCCAAAUACAUGACUAUAGGCAUUUAAAUUUGACACAUUUGUGUAUGUUUUUCUUUUAUAAUUUAUGUAAAACCUGGAAUAAAUGAUUGGUGCGAUG